AAAAAAAAAAAGGAAUACCCAACCUACACUAUCUGCCUCACAUAGAGAUUAGAGAGUGGAAAAUCGAUGGAAAAGAUAAAACACACAACCAUAACCACAAAUGGCAUUAACAUGCACGUCGCGUCAAUAGGGACAGGUCCAGUGAUUCUCUUCGUCCAUGGCUUCCCUGAACUUUGGUACUCAUGGCGCCACCAGCUUCUCUCCCUCUCUUCCCAUGGAUACCGUUGCAUUGCCCCUGACCUCCGUGGAUAUGGUGACACUGAUGCUCCGCCCUCCGCCGCCUCCUACACCGUGUUUCACAUCGUCGGUGACCUUGUUGGCCUUAUUGACCAUCUGGGUAUCGACCAGGUCUUCUUGGUUGGCCAUGACUGGGGAGCUAUCAUAGCCUGGAAUUUUUGCUUUUUCAGGCCUGACCGAAUCAAAGCACUGGUCAACACGAGUGUGGUGUGGUUUCCUAGGAACCCAACUAUAAAUCCUGUGGAUGGAUUUAGGGCUGUGUUUGGUGAUGAUUACUACGUUUGCAGGUUUCAGGAACCUGGAGAGGCCGAAAAGGAUUUUGCUAGCAUAGAUACUGCACAGCUAUUUAAGAAUCUUCUUUCAAAUAACGAUCCAAGUCCUCCAUGCAUUCCUAAAGAAACUGGAUUUAGUGGUCUAUUUAAAACUCCAGAGACCUUGCCCUCUUGGUUGUCAGAAGAAAAUAUUAACUAUUAUGCCAACAUAUUUAACAAGACAGGCUUCACUGGAGGAUUGAAUUAUUAUCGAGCUAUUAAGCUAUCCUGGGAGCUCACAGGACCAUGGACUGGACUUCAGAUCAAAGUGCCUGUAAAGUUCAUUGUGGGCGACCUGGACCUCACGUAUAGCAUCCCAGGUGUAAAGGAAUAUAUUCACAGUGGUGAUUUCAAGAAAUCGGUGCCAAAUUUGCAAGAUGCAGUUGUAAUUGAAGGAGCAGCCCACUUUAUCAAUCAAGAAAGGCCAGAGGAGGUCAAUGCACGCAUCCAUGAAUUUAUCAGGAAGUUCUAAUUGUCAUUAGCCAUAUUAUUUAGCACGCUAAAUUCUUGUAUGUUUCUAUGUGCAACUGAUACUUUACCUUGCUUAGGCGUGCUAAUUAUGUGUCUGAUUGAUAUUAGUCUUCUUAGAGUUUGGACCUCAUCAUGUGCUAAUUAUGUAUCUGUUUACUUCUGGCUUGAAAAUUAAAUAAGCAUGUAAUAUUGCAGAGUCAAUAACAUCUUCUGCACAUGGUGAGAUCCAUGUUUCAUGUGAUGUAAGGCACAUAAACAGAUUUAAU